AUGCCUUUAGACACAAUAUAUCUGACCCGCCAUGGCGUAGUAACACCCCUCCAGCAUCGCCUCAACUGGACCAUCGACUACAAAACAGGCACAUAUAAAGCCCAAUUCCCCACCCCGACUGGCAACCCUGCGGACCCGACCUUGACCUCCCACGGCGUCCGGCAAUCACACGAGCUCGCCGCGCAUGUGGUCAGCCCGGGCUUCCAACCCAAGCCGUUCCGCGUCUACUCCAGCCCGUUCUACCGAUGCCUGCAGACAAUCCAGCCAACCGUGGAAGCGCUGAAGACCUGGCAGCAGGAAGGUAGCAGCGACAUCGACGCGCACGCGGACUUUGACGUCCGCAUCGAGAAUGGAUUGGGCGAAUGGUUCGGCUCUACCUCCUUCUUCCAGCACCCGCCGCCCGCAGACCCGACAACCCUCCACACCCAUUUUCCCAGCAUCCUCCCGCCAGACCCCUCAACCCACUCCCCGCACCUCAUCCCCUCUCCGCGCGGCGAGACAAUCGCCCAGCUUCACGACCGCCUCGCCACCGCCCUCGCGGGCAUCAUCGCCGACGCCGACGCCCUCCUCGCCGCCCUCGAAGCAGACACCCCCGUCCACCAGCGCACCCCCAAAGCCCUCCUCAUCUGCUCGCAUGCCGCACCGCUCAUCGCCAUGGGCCGUGUGCUGACGGGCCGUAUGCCGGCGGAUAGUGCCGAGGAGGACUUUUUUGUUUUCACGGCGGGGGUGAGUACGUUCCGGCGGAGGGGCGGGGAGGCUGCUGCUGCGAAGGCGACGGUGCAGGGGGCGGCCUUGGCGGAGGGGACGCGCGUGCUGAGGCCUGAGACGGCGGUGCCGGACUGGCAGGGGGUAGGGGUUGCGGGCGGGUGGGAGUGCAUCUCGAAUGGAGAUUGUAGUUUUCUCAGCGGCGGGGCCGAGAGGGGAUGGCACUUCAAUGGGGAGGAGUCGUUUGAUACGGGUCCCAUGUCGCUGUCCUCCGGCCAGGAUACAUCGCCAGAAAGGCUCGGCGGGAAGUUGUGA